GUCUUCCAGCCCUGACGAGUUUGAGGCUGGCAUUUCCGAAAAUGGGCAGACACGAGAACACGCUCUGCUUUGCUAUACCCUUGGUGUAAAACAGCUGAUUGUCUGCGCUAACAAGAUGGAUAAAACAGAACCUCCCUAUUCCGAGGCACGAUUCAACAAAAUCCAAAAAGAAGUUAGCUCCUGUCUCGAAGAGGUCGGCUACAAUCCAAAGUCAGUAGCAUUUCUCCCAAUAUCAGGAUGACACGGAGAUAACAUGAUAGAAGCGAGCCCUAACAUGCCGUGGUUUAAGGGAUGGACGUGGUUUCCUAGAGGAGCUGGAACGACUCUACUCGAAGCUAUUGACAAUAUAAGACCCGCAAAACGUGAAGUAGAAAGACCACUUCGCCUCCCUAUCCAGAAUGUUUAUAAGGUAGGCGGCAUUGGAACGGUACCAGUGGGGCGUGUUCAGACUGGAAUCCUGAAGCCAGGAAUGGCCGUGACCAUUGCUCCCACGAAUAUUACCACUGAGGUUAGAUCCGUCGAGAUGCACCAUGAAAGGCUUGUCGAGGCGAUCCCUGGCGAUAAUGUCGGAUUCAACGUUAAGAAUGUGUCUGUCAAAGAUAUCAAGAGAGGAUAUGUUGUAGGGGACCUAGAAAAUGAUCCCCCGAGGAAAGCAAAAUCUUUCAUUGCGCAGAUGAUUAUAUUGAACCAUCCAGGAGAAAUACACAAUGGAUACCAACCAGUGCUUGAUUGCCACACAGCACACAUCGCUUGUGAAUUCACCGAGAUUCAACUAAAAAUGGAUCGCCAAACAGGGAAGGUGCUUGAAGAAAACCCAAAAACGAUAAAAAGCGGGGAUGCGGCCGUCAUACUUAUGACUCCAAGCAAGCCAAUGGUCGUCGAGGCUUUCACUAAUUAUGCGUCUCUUGGUCGUUUCGCCGUGCGUGACAUGAAACAAAUCGUGGGCGUUGGGGUCAUCAGGAGUGUUACGAAGGCUGAUCCGGGAAAAUGA